UACCGACUUCCUACUCGAAGAGUCUUGGUUGUACUUCCCGCUCAUUUUUCAAAAGCACUGUCUCAGUUUCCUUCCUUCGCUGAUCCGAUCCCUGUGAUGAACCCUACGCUGUAACCCCAAGUUCCUCCCAAACAAUGAGUGCUCCCAUGGAUGUCACCCUGCAAACCCCCGCCGAAAUCGAUUCCUUCGACCAGAAUGGCGGCAUUUCGGAGCCAGUUCCUUCUCCUAGUCUCGCCCAGGACAAGGUUCUCGUUUCCGUUGAAGUUUGUUUAAAACCCUCGAGCACGGCUCGGACCGACGAUGUACGGUCGGCGGUUGAGAGAAUGCUUGAAAAGAGGAGUUUAAGCUAUAGUAAUGGUCCUAUUCCAGUUCCUCCUGAUGAUCUGUUUCUCCAAGAAAAUGUACAAAGAAUACGGAUUUGUGACACGGAUGAAUGGGUUGAGAACCAUCAUAUUCUUUUGUUCUGGCAAGUGAAGCCUAUAGUGCAUGUCUUUCAGCUUAGUGAGGAAGGACCAUGUGAGGACUUAAGCGGGGAUGGCCAACUUUCUAGCUUCAAUGAGUGGAUUCUUCCUGCCAAAGAGUUUGAUGGCAUUUGGGAGAGCUUAAUUUAUGAAUCAGGCCUUAAGCAAAGGUUGUUGCGCUAUGCGGCAAGUGCUCUAUUGUUUACUGAGAAGGGUGUUGAUCCUUUCCUUGUGUCAUGGAACCGCAUCAUUCUUUUACAUGGACCCCCGGGAACAGGGAAAACAUCUUUAUGUAAAGCGUUGGCUCAAAAACUAUCAAUACGUUUUAACACCAGGUAUCCACAGUGCCAGUUGGUUGAAGUUAAUGCACAUUCAUUGUUCAGUAAAUGGUUUUCUGAAAGUGGCAAGUUGGUUGCAAAAUUGUUCCAAAAAAUUCAAGAAAUGGUAGAAGAAGAAAACAAUCUGGUAUUUGUUUUGAUUGAUGAAGUUGAAAGCCUUGCAGCUGCUAGAAAGGCUGCUUUGUCUGGUUCUGAACCUUCAGAUUCUAUUCGGGUUGUGAAUGCUUUACUGACGCAGAUGGAUAAAUUGAAAUCCUCACCAAAUGUGAUAAUUCUGACAACAUCCAAUAUAACUGCUGCUAUUGAUAUUGCUUUUGUUGAUCGAGCUGAUAUAAAAGCAUAUGUGGGUCCUCCAACUCUUCAAGCUCGUUAUGAGAUACUAAGAUCCUGCUUGCAGGAACUUCUACGAACAGGAAUACUAUCAAAUUCACAGGAUUGUGAUCACAUCUUGCUUCCAAAUUAUGCUAGUCUAAAGGAGAAGUUAAAUAUGCAAGAGCCGCAGAGUCCAUUACAUUUGUGUAAACAGUUGGUUGAAGUUGCUGAAGCAUGCGAGGGUUUGAGUGGAAGAUCAUUAAGAAAGCUUCCAUUUUUGGCACACGCAGCCCUCUCCAACCCGAACAGCUGUGACCCUAGCAAGUUCUUAUGUACAAUGAUAGAUACUGCCAGGAGAGAGUGUUCUGAGUUACUAGAGUCAUGAUCAAUCUCCCAAUGUAAAAUUACAUGCUGAGGAAUGUGAAAAUGCACUGCCCCUUUGAUGCCCUGCAUCUCCACCUUUUCUUGAAUGCAUUUUUCUUUUAUGUUUUA